UUAAUCUCGUGUUGUUAUCACAUAUAUAUAUAUAUAUAAUUAUAACUAUUAUUUAUAUCUGUGUUAUUAUUCAGUAUAAUCUAUGUUUUAGUCUAAGAAAAAUACACCAGUAUACACUAUAUUAAUUCUAUUAUGUUUGGUAGAAAUGACCUCUCGGGAGAAAAGUAAUAUCAAUAUACUAGGAAAUGGAUGCGGUUUAAAAGAAUCUAAAAGUGUAAUUCAUAGAGCUGAAGCUUUAAUAGAGAUAGACACUGGUAAACUAAAAGCAAGACCACCUAUUCCAACAAUUAAGGAUACUGUACAAAUUAAUAAACAAGCAAGUAUAAAACCUUCAAUUCCAACGAUUAAAGAAACUGUACAUCUUAAUAGUCAUGUUUCAGUAUUAAAAACAAAUGAAGUUAAUAAAAGGAAACUGAUCAAUUCAUUUGAUGAGCAAAAAUCAGCUAAAAAAACGCAAUUAAAUGAAAAAAAUACAAUUUUGGAGAAAAAAAAGUUUGCUGAAGAACGAAAAAAAAGGUUAGAUGAGUUACAAAAAACAAUUAGAAAAGUAGCCAAAGAUUCUGUCAAAAAAAAGAUUAUCCAUGUUACGAAUGAAUCCCAGAUUGCUCAUAAUAAUAUACCAUCAAAAAUAUAUCAACCAGAAAUUGAUCAAACAUGGUCACCUCCUCCUAAACUUAAAAGUCACAAGAAAACAACAAAAACUCCUGUAUAUUUUCAAAAAAAUAUAAAAAAUAUAAUUCCAACAUUUUCUAAGAAU